AUGGUGACCACUGGACUUCUUACUAAACAUGAUGUUUCCUCUGUAGAUCCGUGCGUCGCCACCGGCCCUCUGGAGCACCGCUGCGGCCAGGGCGCCAUCUGUCUGACGGAGAACCACCGGUCGGAGUGCUACUGCCCGCCCGGUCACGAGGGCGACCCCUACAAGCUGUGCUUCAAGAAGAUCGUCUGCGGCAUCGACUACCACUGUCCGGGCAACCUCAUCUGCCUGGAUGGCAACACCUGUGGCUGUCCGCCGAACUUCUACCGCGAGAACGACUACUGCUUCAUCAUGUCGCUCAACUGUACGACGAGCAAUCCCUGUCCGACCAAUGAGGAGUGCGUCUACACUGGCUCACAGCGAGGCUUCUGCGUCUGUCCGCACGGCUACGAGCUGCACCCCAGCGGAGAGUGCAUCGACCUGGACGAGUGCCUGCACAUGCACUGCGGCUCAGGGGCGCUCUGCAACAACAAACCCGGUGGCUUCGACUGCAGCUGUCCGCCGGGCACCAUCGGCGACGCCUAUGUGAAGGGCUGCGUCACCAUUGACGGCUGCAUCUCCACCAGUGACUGUGCCGCCGAUCGGGAGUGCGACAUUGGCAGCAAGCAGUGCAUCAGCCCUUGCUACAUCUGUGGACCGCACGCCGAGUGCACCUCUCGAGAUCACAUUGCCAUCUGCACCUGUCCGCCGGGUCGCAUUGGAAAUCCACUGGACAAACAGGUGGGCUGCUACCUGGAGCCAGAGUUGCCGCAGAUUGACGCUCGCACCAUUCCACCGCCAUCGGAGCUGUUAGUCAAAUGUCUGGCCGAUGGCGUGCAGGUGACCGUCCAGCUGGACCGUUUCGACGGUCUAAUCUACGUGAAGGGGCACAGUCAAGAUCCGCAGUGCCGUCGAAUGGUGACCAGCGGAGAGGGCGACUACAUUGACUUCAAGGUGCUCUUUGGCCACUGUGGCCUGCUGCACGUCGACGGCGAGGCCUCCUUUGUGCUAGUGAUUCAGAAGCACCCCAAACUGAUUACCUACCGUGCUCGUGCCUACCACAUCAAGUGUGUCUACAACACCGGCGAGAAGACCAUCACACUGGGCUUCAACGUCAGCAUGAUCACCACCUCGGGAACGAUUGCCAACACCGGUCCUCCGCCGACCUGCAUCAUGUCCAUCUGCACGCUGGAUGGAAAGGAGAUCAGCAGCGCCGAAAUUGGCGACGACCUCAUCCUCAAGGUGGACGUCCAGCCGGACUUUAUCUACGGCGGCUUUGCUCGUAGCUGCAUUGCCAAAACAAUGGAAGAAGAGGGUGAGUUCAGCUACGAGGUGACAGACGAGAACGGCUGCUCCACUGACCCGAGCAUCUUCGGCAACUGGGAGUACGACCCGCAUAAGAAGUCGCUAAUGGCGCGCUUCAACGCCUUCAAGUUCCCCUCGAGCAACAAUCUGCGCUUCCAGUGCAACAUUCGCGUCUGCUUUGGCUCCUGUCCGCCGGUCAACUGUGACGGCGUGGACGCCUACGGCCGCAGACGCCGCAGGAGGCGGCAGAUUGACACCAUCAACGAGGAGGACUUUGUGCUGACAGACUCCUUCAAAGAGGGAGCUCUGCGCGAGGAGAUCAUGGUGCAGUCGAACGCUAUACUCACCUUUGAAAAGCGUGAGGCGCAACCGUCGCAGAAUCUGCUCGACAACUCCGUCAAGAUUGAGGACAUUGAACACGUCUGCCUGCCCAAGCUGGGCCUCAUCAUCAGCAUGAUCCUCACGACGCUGCUCGCCCUGGUCGCCGUGGCCGUGGCCAUCUCCUGUUGGCUGAUGGCCUACCGGCGACGGCCAAAGGGCGUCGGCCCACUGCCCCACCCGCCUGACUUUCCCAAUCCGCUGUACACGACGCCGGAGCCGAUGGCGGAACCGCUGCCUGACUACUACAGUCCCUCGCAGCGGCACAUGUAA